CCGAGGGCGCCGACAGUGGCAUGGGCCGGCAGCUGGUGCCGCUACUGGUGCUGCUCGCCUCGGGUGCCUGGCUGCUGCUGCUGCUGCUGCUGCUGCUGCCGCCGCCGAGCGGCGCGCAGUCGUCGCUGUCGCGCCACCAGCAGAGCCAGCGGCCGGGCUUCAUCGAGCGCCGCCUGCGCCCGGGCGCCGAGGGCGGCCCGCCGCGCGCCGGCCCCGCCGCCUCCAUCCGGCACUCGCGCUCCCGGGCGCGCAGGCUGCAGCAGCCGCGGCGCGCGAGCAGCUCGGCGUCGCCCGAGCUGCUGCUGCUGCAGCCGGCCGACGAGCAGCUGCAGCUGACCGAGUGGAACCUGAGCGCGGCGGCGCGGCCGCCGGGCACCGGCGAGGAAGGGGCGGCCGGGCGCGCGCCGCCCGACGACGACUACUACUUCGAGCAGGACGCGGCGCUCGGCUACGAGGCCAAUGCCACGGACGACGGCGGCGCCUGGGAGGAGCGCGCGCGGCGCCCGGCCAGCGAGGGCGACAUCGUCACCAAGUUCCUCAAGAUCAUCGAGAACCAGCACUACCUGGGCGCCAACUGCACGGCGGGCACGGACCUGAACCUCGGCGAGGGUGUCGUCGACCAGUACGCGCAGGAGCGCUUCCGGCUGGAGGCCAACCUGGCGGUCAACCGCGCCAACAUGCUCACGCGCCUCUGGAAGUACGCGCCCGAGGUAAUGCAAGCCUCGGAGUACCUGCUGCACGCCAGCGUGCUCAGCAUGGUGGAGUUCGACGAGGACAUCUUCGCCGCGGGCAACUGCUACGACAAGCUGCAGUACCGCGAGCGCUGGCUCUUCUGCCCGUUCGCGCACCGCCUGCAGGACGAGGACGCCGUGCUGGUCAAGGACCUGGCCGUCGAGUACAAGUACCUGAGCAACAGCAGCGAGUGGUUCUACAUCGCGCGCAAGAACGCCGAGCGCCGCAUCGCCAAUUACAACCAGUACCAGUUCAGCCGCGGCUACCACACGUACACGCACAACGAGAGCAGCCACACGGAGCGCACGGAGGACGAGAUUCUGACGGUCCGCUACGAGGACGGACGCUGGUCGAAGCCUUAUUACGAUUGCGGCGGCGGCCACAUCUGGAUGUUGACCUACACCGUACCCUUCUUCGGCUUCGCCAACGACACCUACUACUUCAAAGGGACGAGCGGCAUCGACAUCGAUUUGCGGAGAGUGGACAUAGACCAGUGCCCGCUGCCGCCGGGCUCGAUGCAGCUCAACAUCUUCGCCAACAGCUCCAAGUGCAAGAGCGAAACCACGAAGUGCGAGGCGAUUCCCGGGCUGGGGUUCCGGCGGGGCAGCUACCGCUGCGUGUGCCAGCGCGGUUACUACUUCCCCGACACCAAGUCGAGCAAGCGCUACUACAACGGCACCCUCAUCGAGGAGGAGUACGAGAAGUACAUGCUGGGCGAGGAGAGCCAGUACCCGCUGAGGGGCGCCUUCGAGUGCCUGCCCUGCGCCGAGGGCUGCGAGUCCUGCGAGGACAGCUCGCCUUGCAUCGUGUCCCUCAAUUGGGUCAUGAGGACCGCCCUCCUCAUACUCGAGUGCUGUAUCAUCGCCUGCCUGCCCAUCGUCGUCAUUUUCACCUGGAAGUACGGCAACGUCAAGGUUGUUCGCGCGGCGAGUCCAGUGCUGCUGCGCGUCAUCGUCCUCGGAGCCUUUUUCAUUUACUCCACCACGAUAGUCAUGUAUCCACGGCCGAACGUGAUCACGUGCACGCUGCGCGUCUGGCUGCGAGAGAUAGGAUUCUCGCUGACUUACGGCGCGCUCAUGCUCAAAACCUGGAGGAUAUCGGUGAUAUUCCGCGUGCGCUCGGCCAAGGCUGUCAAGAUAACCGACAUGAAUCUGUUGAAGCGCCUCGGCGUCAUCGUCACGAUAUUCAGCGUGUUCUUGGGUAUACGCACGCUGGUGGCACCGCCCGUAGUCAUCGUCGGCCGCACCGCCGACGACCUCAAAGCUUACCUAUGCCGGACUGAUUGGUGGGACCAUAGUUUUACGAUACUGGAAGUGAUGUUCCUCGUGUGGGGUAUUAGAUUAUGUAUAGUGGUCAGGAAAGCACCCUCGGAAUUCAAUGAAAGUCGUUUUAUAUCAAUGGCAAUUUACAAUGAAUUCCUGUUGUCAGUCUUCCUCAACGUGUCCAUGUUAUUUUUGCAAUCGCCGGCCAAUCCAGACCUGCUCUACAUCAUAUUCUUCUGCCACACCCAGCUGACCGUCACGCUUCUACUCUGCCUGAUUUUCGGUAGCAAGGCGUACGUGGUGUUUCGCGGAGGUGGCAAGGACGACCCCAACGGCAAGCUCGUCGGCACGAGCAAAUUUCUGGGCAAGACUUCCCGCGCCCCAGCGACGAGCAACCAGACCAAUUCCAUGUCGCUGCACCAGGCCAAUCUCACGGAGGACAGCGACGGAAUGAUGGUAAGGCCGCCUUACCGUGGAGCCGAGACCGGCCGACCUACCUUGCCUCUCAAACGCGACUUUCCUGCUCAGGAGGAGUUCCGCAGAUUGUACGCCCAGCUGGACUUACUUAGGGAUAAGAAUGCGCGCUUGGGUAACCGACACAUGGUCGAAAAAAUAGCAGCGAUGAUGGAGGCUGCGAACCGCGUUGACACGCAAGUAUCCACAUUGCACCCUAUAUCUUGGCCUUUGGUAGACAAAGAGAAAACCAAUAGUCUGUCCAAUACACUCACGAGACGGAAAGUAGAGGCGUCGCCGAAUGCGCAGAUCGAGCGGCGGAUAUCCGCUAUCGAGGCGGCGAUCAAAGUCAGCGACCUGGAGAAGAAGAAGGAAGCGGCGCCAGACAAAGCCAAGCGGACGGACGAGGCGAGGACCAAAGAGGCGCUCGCCACUGUUGCCGCCGACGAGGGUGAGGGCAAGGACAAGGACAAGGACAAGGAGGACGCGGCGACCGCCGCCGCCACCGUUGCCGCUAUCACCUCCACCUCCACCGCCACCGCCACCGCCACCGCCACCGCCACCGCCACCACUGCCGAGAUGACGCCGUCGUCGCCAGCCAACCUCGCCAAAGAUCAGGCGAAGGAGCGCGGCAAGUCCGGUCACGCCAGGACUCAUGCGAUUGUCAUUAACCUCGAUGACAAGUCCCGCUUCUCCGAGGAGGUCACCGUUUAGAGAUCUUAAUCAAAGUGUCGCGGCGCGCGAAGAGCCUCGCGUGUACAAUUCUUACGGUUGAGCGUGCUUCGGGCUUUGAGCAUCGGCCGAUAAAUUACGCUCGAGCCGAGAUACGAGUGAGAACACCAAUGUUAGAAUUCAUCAUCACACCCUGCCCACGCCCUUCUCUUGUGCGAGCUACAUCGACGAUGCGUUAUUUUUCAACAGCCGUCGCUUUGCGAAUCACGACGAAUGUGCUCGGUAAUUUUGACGCACGACAGUGAUCGAUACGACACGAUAAUACGUACACUUGGAAAUACCAUUUCGUUCCGGACGUUUUCUUUGCUUCACUGCACUGCGUCGUACUUUUAUUUGACGCGUUGUGCCUUAAUUACUGAGUUUUCGCAGCACUAAUGAUUCCUAGAUUAUAAGACUGCUAUCGCAACUAUAUGACGCUUCAUUCCUAUCGAUAUAGCUAAGCAAAUCAAUCUAUAGGAUGUGUAUGGUCGUACAUCAAUUUUCCUUCGUGAAUUAAUUGAAGCUCCUGCUUUUACUCUGCGACCUGUAUUUUGCUCGCGAAUCAUUAACAAAAAAACCUUUUGCGUUUGACAAGUUCCUAAUUAGUUGAAAGUAAACAGCAUUUCCUGAAUAAGAACUUUGCUCGCGUGGUUAUAUCGUAAAUUUCCAAUAUUUCACCGCUAAAUUAAAUCGAAUAUCGUGUGUUCGCUAGAAAAUGCCAACAGAUUUUUAAUUUUAGUCAAAUUUAAUUAGAAACUACGUGGCAAAUGUUUUCGAACUUGCUUCAAUAUUGUGAAAUAACGUAUCGUCAGAAGUUUGAAUUGCGAUGUCGUUGAAGACAAAAAGUUUAUUGUACAUAGAUGUAAUCGACAAAAAGGAAAACAUCAAGCACCUACGCAUAAAUAAAAAUGUGCGAUUUACUGUUAUUUCCCAUAAAUUACUUAAACUGAAACAUUUUUAAAAGAUAAGAGCUUGCAUUGAGGAGUCCAAUACACUUGCAGAGACGCGCAAAAUGAAAUUCAAUGAACAGACAAUGAUUCGUGAUAUCUGCAUUACUAAUUUAUAAAAACAUGAAAAAUUUAUGCGCAACAACGAAAACAUCAACUUGAAUCCGAACCCGCCUCUUUCCCCCCAUUAAGUUCAUAAUUUACAUUGUUUCAAUUGAGUUACUGAACAAAGUUGCACCGUAAUACCGUUACAAUUGUAUUGGCGACAAUUGUAAAUAACGUGAUAUUUGACAUUUGAUAUUUGAACAAGCUCCACCCCCCACCCAUUUGCUAACUGUUACGUAAUUCAUGUAAUGUUGAUUGUUUCGUGUAUAUAAAAUUCCGAUGAUACACAUACUAAAGCGAAACUCUUGAUAUAAUAACGUUGAUUAAGUUAAGUUUUCUGUAAAUAUAUUGUAAAUACGAAUAAUGUGUAAAUGUGAAAUCGCAUUUAAUUAUUUACGCAUUUGAAUGGAACAAAAUUAGGCAUGAAUCCAAACGUGAUUAACGAUGCAUAUCACGAGCAAAAAGAAAAUUGACCAAUACCUACAUAAAAAAAAGUGUAAUAGCUUGUUAUUUCCAACUGACUAUCCUGCAAUUGAACCGAUCAUGUCGUAAAAAUAAAAUUAUGUAAAUAAGUCGCUUUUAUUCUGUAACAAUCGGAUGUGUUCAUUCAAUUUAUCAAAAAUCAUUUCGAGUAGCGAAAAAUAAACUUUUUAAUAUUUUACAUAAAUAUUUGAAAUGGUUCGUAGUAAUUAAUAUUUAAAGGUGUCUAAAAUAUAACGCCUAACACAGAAUUAAGGUUCAUGAUUUGAAUGGUGCUUUCAGCUGUUAUAUAAGUUGUUGCUGCUGAAAUAAAAAUAAAACAUUAAUUCCUCGAGGAAAUGUACAUAUUUCUAUUGUAUUUCGCGUUUUAAUGUUGUGAUAAUGGAAAGACUUAUGUGAUAUGAGUUUUGCUAAUCGUUAAAAAUCGAUUAACGUCGAGCGGAGAAUUUGAUUUUAUGUAGUUCAUGUGAUACAUAUUUAGAUUAAGAGGAAUAAUGUCACGUUGAAUAUUAUUUAUUUCUGCUUUGAUAAAAAAAUAAAGCAAGUAAUUUUCCUUUUGUCAUUUCGAUAUAAAUGCCUUAUUCACGAAACUUCAAACGAAUUGAUUAAAAAAAACUAUAAAAGAUACAGGUGACUAAUAAUGAACAAAGAAAUUGUAUAGGAAAUGACUAAAGCAAUUGUAAUUGAAAAGUAAUAGAAAACGAACGUUGACGCUAAUCAAAUUGUAGAUCCGUUAAGUCUAUGCCACACCUUUGUACUAAAGCAAUGAUAACACUUUCAACAGCAGGCUUGAAGUGAGUAAGGAACCACGUCAGUGUCUGCGGUGAUACCAAAAAUAUUGCGAUUGCGCUGACGACGGCUGGAGCAAAAAGCAGGCAGAUGAUCUAAACGGGUAGAAAAACCUUCGUCAGUCAUAUGGGCUCGGAAAAUGUGACAUUAAAUGCGAGUGUUAUACAAUGUCGUUUUAUCUUUGUUUGUAAUAUAUGUGUAAAUAAUAAAAGAAAAACAAAAUGUCUUUUAUCCCACACGACUUAUACGAGACGUUGAAUGUUUUCAUUCAGAAACGCAUGAAAAUUAUAAAUUUCAUGUUAUGUGUUAGUUAAAAAUCUAGAUCGUAAAUAAUAACGAAUAUAACAACUGCAUAAUACAUUACACAUUGAAUCCGAGAUAUCAUUGAGAAAUAUGUCAGCUCCAAAAAAAGUUUUUAUCAAAAAUAUCUUCCAUUAUUCAAGUGGAUCUCCAAUUAAUAACCCAUUACGAACUUUUCCAAGUACCAUUUCUUGAUAUUCACUUCCGAAAUAAAAGUUUUCUAUCUUCGAAACUCAAAACUUUCAUUUAACCUUACUACUCAGCAAUACGGGUACAAUGAAAAUACUUUAUCUUACAUGCCAUAUCCAAGUUACAACCAUCCAUCCUAUGAGAACUGUUGCCGCUGUCUUCAAAUAAGUUAUAAACUCAGUGGCAUCGAUGAUUUUCUCGCAACUGGACGAAUAAUAACUCCCCAUUUUCAAGCGAUUUCCGAGUUUGCACUUUUUUUAAUAAUUAUAUCUUUGUUGAGUUGUUGAUUUUUAAUUUUCAUGUGUUAUGCGAAACCAAACGAAAAUUAGAAUAAUUCAUUGCAAUAGUAGGAAUUUUUUACUUGUUACUUGCUAAUUUAGUAUGUGAAUUUGGAAAAAUUUUAGUAUGUAAAUAAAAAUAAAAA